AUGUCAAAGUCAACAUUUUGUCGCCUUUCCAAGUCGGAGUUAUUAAAGGGGUGCUGCAACUCGGCAAUUUUGAGACUCGGGCUGGGGACAUCGGAUGACAUACGAGCUGCUGGACUAGACCUAGGCCCAGCCAUGGGCUUACAAGGGGCACUGAAAGGCUUCAAUGAAACCAAUCGACUCACUUGUGAAGCGUUCGUGGACAUAUUUGCAGCUAAAUGUGCUGAAGUCGCAUUCCUCGCACGCUCUAGUCUUUUCUGUGUUGCAAGAACACUAGACCUCCUGAAAAAGCUGCAGCUCGCGCGAUGUCUGUUAAGUCCUCGAUUGUCUGUUGCUCUCUCCCAAGAGCAACCUCGAGCUCCGCAAGACACCAUUGAAAAAAACAACAGGAUCCAAAUUCUUGAUAUGACGACUGGUAGAACUUUCAGUCGGCAUGUCCCGCGAACCAAACGUGCAAGGUCACCAUCAUCAGACGAAACCGACAGCGACAUAAACGAACCUGUAACUACUCCUCCCAUAAUCCACCAUCUAUCUCGUUUUGUCAAGCGUGCAAAAUCAAACCCAAAGCCUUAUGAGAGGAAUGGCUCUACCAGAUUGGAGCGCCGCUUUUUUGACAAUCAGUUGCGUCACAAAGACUCAAUGAGUCAGGAAGAUGCUGAAAAGAGCAAAGAUGUGCUUGAGCGUUGCCUGGGAAGGUUGUCUCCUGGGGCUGCAGCUCAAGCUGUCGUUACGAUGCACGCUGACGUUGAAUGGAGGCGUGUGUCUGCUCUGGCAACGGCGUGGGAAAUCUAUGCUAGUGAGGAGCACUUAAAGUUCCUUCACAUGGUUUUGGAGGACGAGGGGGAAAAAUACGCAAAUGCUUCUCAAGAGCCCCUUGGAAUAUCAGCCCAGGAGCUCGUAAGAUCCGAUGAGAAGGAUAUCAAGGAACAGAUAGACUGCAGUGUCACAGCAUAUAGCGACGAUAUUGCAUUGUUCUCUGUUGGAGAUACUCAGCUGGAUUAUCUCGAAAAUGCUCCUGAUGACCAGCUCAAAGUCACAGAUGUGACUAGCGACUCUGACGACUCUGGCAUUGCACUUACGAACUCGGAAGAAGACCGAUUCCGAACAACCUCCAAGUUGGGAGGUUCUGCCGAUGCCAGCUGA